GAUUUUUUUUAAUAAAAAAUUUUGUUACUAACUUCAGCAGCCCCCAAGCACGAGCUCGGGCUCAUUUUGUCUUUAGACUGGCUCGGUUUAUUGGGACCCCUCCUGCCCGGGCUUCAGCAGCCCGCUGAAGUGCAACAUGGGGCUUGAGCCCCCUCCUGCCCGGCCAAACUGCACAGGAAGUGCUCUAAUAUCCCAUGUUUUUUACCCUUCAGCUUUUCUUUUCCCCAAUCAAGUUACAAAAGGAAUUUGGGAAGGUUUUUUUUAUUAUUAUUUUUUUUUUGGGGAAAGGAAUUUGGAAAUUGAGUACCUACUACCUAGUUUGCCGAAAGGAAUAUGGGCUUCAUUAAUGACAAUUCAUCUGUUGACACGUGGCGCCACUUGUUAUUCAAGAAAAUUCCCACGGUUAAGUAUUGAAAUUUAAGGGUUUCCAUCGAACAACAAUUAUCAGCGUAGUUGUAAAGUCUUUCGUUUCUCUCAGCGCCAAGGUUCGAACCUCGCCGGAUUCCUUUUUUUUUUUUCUUCCCCAUUUGCAUUUUUCUCCUUCUUCUUCGUCCAGAAAAGCCAUGGAUAAGGAUAACGACGGGUCAUCUGGUCGUCCGAGAACGCAUAAGUUUAUACCGAAAGGUCGCAAAAAGACCAGAGCACCUGUGCCCGCACCUGAGGUUGGUGAUAAGGACGAUGGUGAAGAAGCCAGAAAGGCCGAGGCUCUGUUUCGUCAGUUCAAUGAGAAUUCCCGAAGACGGGGGCCUAAAGUCGAAAAGAAAUCUUCAGUGAGAGUUGCAUUUGGUCCUGGAGCAGAUACAUCCUCAACAUCUAUUAGAACAUAUGGAACUGCAAAGGAUGGUAAUACUGGCAAAAGCAGCAGCUCAGGACUCGAAGACUCUGAUGAUGAUCAAAGUCCACCAACUUUGCCUGAAGUUGGAAAAGAUGUGUCCAUGGAAGAUGCUACUGAUGUAGAACCUCUUCAGACUGUGAAGCAAAGAUAUACAGAAUGUUGGGAUUCUGAGACUACAUACUAUCCUACUACUCUCCCUCUCAGGAAGCCCAACUCUGGAGACCCCGUCCUUAAUGAGAAUGAAUUUGGGGAGGAUGCUGAAAAAGAGUAUGAUGAGAGCACUAUAAACCAUGCUGCAGAACUUGGGCUGCUGGAGGAAAAAGUGGAAGCAAGGAUGUUGUUUGUUCAACUUCCUACCAUUUUGCCACUGACCAAGCGAUCAGCUACUGCAAAGGGAAAAGAGAAAGUUGGAAGCUCAACAUCACUGGAGAGCACAGGUGCUCCAAAGAAGGGCUGUAGUUUGGAGGAGCUGCCUGGUGGAUAUAUGGGUAAAAUGCUAGUCUACAAGAGUGGAGCAAUCAAGUUGAAGCUCGGAAAUACCCUCUGUGAUGUUUCACCUGGUUCAGAUUGUCUAUGUGAUGAAGAUGUUGCGGUAAUCAACACUGAGGAGAAGAGAUGUUGUGUUCUUGGAGGGAUCAGCCACCGAGCUGUAGUAACUCCUAAUGUAGAUUCCCUCCUAAAUGUGAUUAGCUUGGAUUAAGUGCAGCGAUUUUAGUUACCCGAAUUCGAAUUAUGUGCAAAUUGAGGUGUAAAUGGGGGGAAUUAAGCACAUGAGAAACCUGGUAAUGUAGAUCUGUAAAGGGAAAAGCUUAGUCUGAACAUAUUGCUAGAAUUGCUGACGGUUCUAAGUGAUGAAAUGUGAACGGUUGUGGUAGGUGCAGCUAGUAGGUGAUAUUGGAUCUAUUUUAACCUUGACAAAAUUUCUAGUAAAAAGGCCAGGAUAUUAUUCUCUUUCUUC